CUUCAAUUUCUUUAAAUCCUCUCACCUUUGCCUUCCAAUUUUUCUAUAAUUUUUUAUUUAAUUCCAAAAAUACAUACACAUAAUAAUCCUCUUCAUUGAAGUAUAUAAGACCUAGAAUAUAGAGUAGUUAUUAGCAAGCUAAGGAGGCUCAAUAAGGCAUCAACUUGGUUCAUCAAAGGCUUCUUCAUUUAUUAUUACAUCAAAGUAGAGUUAAAGGCUCAAUAUCCAAAUAUGGCGUCUUGGAAGAAAACCAUCGCAACCCCAUUCAAAAAAGCUCGUACUUUCUUUAACCAGCAACCACCGAGGGACCACCAUCAUAAUAAGAAGUCUCAAACAGAACAAGAGAACCGUGUUGUGAUGGAUCUGCACGGUGAAGUCAUGGCUUGUGGCUAUGAAGAUGUUCAAGUUAUGUGGUCAAUUCUUGAUAAGUCCAAAUCCAACACCUGCAAUAUAACAUCCUCAUAACAAGAAUUAAAAGGAAAAAAUAGUAGCUUGAGUCAAAAUUGCAAUCAUACUAGCUUGAGUUAGCUAUUUAUAGCUGUGAAGUAAUUAUUCUCAUUGUAGAAAAAUGAAAAAAAAAAUAUUGUAAUGUGUUAUUAGUAGGAGUUUAAUUUGAUAGGAUAUUAGUGCCCCCUUGUCUUUUGAUGAUGAUGGUGGUGGCACUUUCACUCUGUAAUGAUUUUUGCAAGUGAAGGUGUUAAUAGGCAAUCCCCAUGAUUGUUUAGUACAAGAUCAUGGUGAGAUUUUUGAUGAAAA